CGCACCAUCUCUUCCGGGUCGAGAAAGUAGCGCUUCCAUGACAGUGAGCUAACGGGCCCCAGUUCUCCCAUUAAAAGACCCCGAGCAGGAACCAGCAGAGGACGUUCGGACGCCGUCGGAUCAGAACAAACCAGCACAUCGUCCUGUGAACAUAUGACACAGCGAUGCCGAGCCUCAGCUGUCGUUUUUACCAGCACCGGUUCCCGGAGGUGGAGGAUGUCGUGAUGGUGAACGUGCGGUCCAUCGCCGAGAUGGGCGCCUACGUCAGCCUCCUGGAGUACAACAACAUCGAGGGCAUGAUCCUCCUCAGCGAGCUGUCGCGUCGACGUAUCCGCUCCAUCAACAAGCUCAUCCGCAUCGGCCGCAACGAGUGCGUGGUCGUCAUCCGAGUAGACAAAGAGAAGGGAUACAUUGAUCUAUCAAAGAGAAGAGUUUCACCAGAGGAGGCCAUCAAGUGUGAAGAUAAAUUCACCAAAUCUAAAACUGUGUACAGCAUCCUGCGGCACGUGGCUGAGGUGCUGGAGUACAGCAAGGACGAGCAGCUUGAGAGCUUUUACAUGCGCACUGCAUGGGUCUUUGAUGAGAAGUACAAGCGGCCAGGAUACGGAGCUUAUGAUGUCUUCAAGCAGGCUGUGUCAGAUCCGGCCAUCCUGGACUGUCUGGACCUCACGGAGGAAGAGAGGGCCGUGCUGAUCGAUAACAUCAACAGGCGACUCACUCCACAGGCUGUCAAAAUCAGAGCAGAUAUUGAAGUGGCAUGCUACGGCUACGAGGGCAUCGAUGCGGUGAAGGCGGCUCUGAGGGCCGGACUCGGCUGCUCCACAGAGGCCAUGCCCAUCAGGAUUAAUCUGAUCGCCCCCCCUCGCUACGUGAUGACAACGACAACUCUGGAGCGCACAGAGGGUCUGUCUGUCCUCAACCAGGCCAUGGCUGCCAUCAAGGAGAAGAUCGAGGAGAAGAGAGGCGUCUUUAACAUUCAGAUGGAGCCCAAGGUGGUCACAGACACGGAUGAGACAGAGCUCGCCCGGCAGCUGGAGAGGUUAGAACGGGAGAACGCCGAGGUGGAUGGAGACGAUGACGCCGAGGAGAUGGAGGCCAAAACAGAGGACUAGAGUCCGUCCUCGGGAAAGAAGGCUGGUGGAGGGAAAACCUGGAAAGACCCGGCCAUUGUCACUCAGUUCUAAAGAUGUUAAUGUUCACAUUGCAAACAUUAACCGGUGGUUUUUCAUUGGUAAACAUUCAGGUUUGUUCAUUAGCAGGGUUUGUCUCAGAGGGCGGUCUCUCUAAAUGCUGUCCUCUUAUUCAGACUUGGACACAUUAAAAAAUUUAAAGUUAAAUCACAAAUUGUUCAUCAUAGUUUCUGCUUUUAAUUUCACCCAUUAAAAUAAGUGGUAACGGCAAAAGCUGUUUACAAGCAGUGGCCUUGCGUCUUGCUUUAAGAGCCCAGUGUCUUCAGUGUCCAUGACUCUUCAUCUGUGUGUGGUCACUGGAUGUGGUUAAAGAGGAAAGCCCCGGUUGCCUGUCUCCCGGCCACUGGUGGCUUUAUUGUUCGAUCUUUCUCUAAAGUUCAAGGGUUAAUACUGGCAAGACCUGCUCUUGUUUAGCUCACAUGGCAUCAAUAAAGCUCUGGAAGUUUUGA